ACGGAAGUACCCUCUGCGCAUGUGUAACCAGAUUCCAGAGACUGCAUAGUAACGUAAUCGACGCGAAAUUGCUUAGUCGCUUCAGUGUGACAGUUCUUUACAGCACCGGCGAACAGUAAUUAGAGGUUUUUUUUUUUGUUUUGGACGCCAGUUUCGCCCAGCCAUGGUGUGCAUUCCCUGUAUUGUGAUUCCUGUCCUGUUGUGGGUCUACAAAAGGUUCCUGGAGCCUAUCCUCUACCCUUUCAUUUCACCUAUAAUUAAUACAUUCUGGACCAAAAAGCCAGUCCAGGACACUAGCACGAGUGACCAAAAAGUUCAGAAUAAUGGGACUUACAAGCCUGAAGCCAACGGCGAAGUCACUGCCAGUGGAUCUACUGGAGAAGCAGAUAAGAAGACAGACUGACAAGACUAAAUUCUUAUAACUGUGUAUAGAGACCAGUAAUAUAAAAUAGAGAAAUUAUGAAUUAUUGGCUUGUUUGGAUGGAGUGGUUUGUAAGCCUUAGAAUUGUCUGAAACCUGUUAUUUUUUCAUGUGUAUACAAUACAUUGUUGUCAAUAUAUUUUAGCCAUUAAUUAUGAAUUUAUAGAUUAAUAUUCUAUAUUAUUUAGUUUCAAUUGAAAUUUUUUCUAAGUCAUGUUGAACAUGUAGUUUAAUAAAUGAAUACCUUCAGAAUA